AUGGUGCGUCGGAACCUGGGACAAUCCACUCGCUCAAUCUACAUGGGGCUGGCCUGCAUAUCCCUAACUCUCCAUAUUCUUAUGGCCUUCUGUUGCCUCUUGGUCCUCCAGUCUGCCUGCAUACUUUCUACUUCCUCCUCUUCCACGUCUUCCUCCGUUCCAAGGAUAGAUCCAGUCUCACAUGCCUCCUCCUCAUCUUCUGCUUCGUCUUCGUCAAAUAAACAACAGACUAACCACCAAAACGGUGAACGGAAUAUUUCAUUAAAUGAGGACGCUGAAAAGGAAAAGAAACUAAUUGGAGCUGGAAAAAUGAUCGCAAAUGAGAGGGGUCGCUCCAAGCUGAAGGAGCUCUUUAAACAUUCAUUGUACAACCUGCCACGUUCAGAACUGCAGCAAUAUGAUUGGCUUCUGAAGUUGAAAACAGAUGCAGAGGCAGAGGAGACAGAAAGUGAAGAAAAGGCAAAGGGGGACCCCAUCACUAGCAGCAGUGACUGGCAAAGUACCAGUGAGGAGGAAGGCUAUGAUAAAGUCACUUGGACAAGAGAGAAGGAGACCCACCCUCCCUGGCUGCGGUUCCACCUGGGCAUCUCUCGCUGGGAGCUAUAUGACAGGAAAGACCUCAACCUGGCCCAGCUGACUCAUUAUUUGGCAACGCAGCGUAUCCUGGGAGCCGUUCAGAAGAAAGGGGGCACCCAGCUGAAGCUGCUUGUAUCGUUCCCAAACUAUGGCCAAGCUCUGCUAAAACCCAUGAGACAAUCCAGGGAUGCUGAGACAGAUGUGAAUCUGUUUUACUUCUCAGACUUUGAGAGACACAACGCAGAGAUUGCUGCCUUCCAUCUCGACAGAGUGAUGGGCUUCAACAGGAUCCCCCCGGUGGUCGGUCGACUCAUCAACGUCACCACAGACAUCAGAGAAACUACCACUGACGAGAGGCUAUCCAGGACCUUCUUCACUUCCCCAGCUGGGAAUGUGUGUUUCUACGGCCAGUGCGAGUACUACUGCUCAACAGAGCACCCGGUUUGUGGUAGGCCUGAUGUUCUGGAGGUUUCCCUGGCUACCAUGCUACCUGACCUCAGCCUCGCUCCUCGUAGGUCUUGGAGAUCCCCGUGGAGACGGUCCUACAGUCGCACAAAGCUGGCACAGUGGGAAAAGGACCCCGCUUACUGUGACACAGUGAAGACGACGCCUCCUUACAACUGUGGUACCAGACUGGUGGAUCUCAUAGAUAUGGCUGUGCUGGACUUUCUCAUGAGCAACAUGGACCGACAUCACUAUGAGACAUUUGAGGAUUUUGGCAAUGAGACGUUUCUCCUUCACCUGGACAAUGGACGAGCAUUUGGGCGGCACUCUCAGGACGAGCCUUCUAUUCUAGCACCUUUGGCACAGUGUUGCAGAAUCCGUCGCUCCACUCUCCUCCGCCUGCGGCUCUUGUCCCACCCUGACUUUCGUUUGAGUGAUGUCAUGCGGGAAUCGUUGGCCCAGGAUCCUCUGACAGCCAUGGCCCCCCUUCUCUCAGAACCACACCUGUCUGCUUUGGACCGACGCCUAGAAACCAUCUUGGGGGUUGUUCAGACAUGCCAGGACAGGAAUGAGGAUGUUGUUUAUAAUGAUUUGGAUCAAUAUGACUAUCAACAGCUUGAGGACAAUCCAUGA